AUGUCUUCUUCUACUCCGGAAAGUCCAACUAUGGAUCCAGAGUACCUUAAACAUGGGCAAAGCAAGCCCAGUUUUCUGCAGGUUUCUGGUACCGCUAGCCAGUGGUCUUCGCUUCCCAAGGAUUUGUUGAUUACCAUUGAAGAAGAGUACCUCGACCUAUAUACUGAUAAAAUUAGGUUCCGCUGCGUUUGUUCUUCAUGGCGUUCUAGGCUUUCAAAGAUGCCUAACCACAAAAAUAGCCGACUUCCUUGGUUGUUAAUUCCUCAUAAUCAUGGAAUAACAUGUGGAUUCAUGGAGCCAUUGGAAAAGAGGGUUCACAAACUUGAGUUGCCUCAGUCCGGAGAAAAGGUAUUUAAAGGAUCAGCAUAUGGUUGGGUGGUGAUUGCUGAAAAGAGUAGUUCGAUAUACCUAGUUAAUUCAUUAACAAAGGCCAGAAUUAAGCUUCCUCCAAGGUCCAAGUUCCCAGAUGUAAGAAAGUACCAUGCUAAUAAACAUGGAAAAGAAUAUCUUCUUUGGUCAUUAAGCUUAAUAAGUGUCCCCGGGGAAUAUUAUUCCGUUGAUUCAACUGGUGUACGAAACGAUCUUUUACAAAAAGUAGUCUUAUCUUCAAGUCCUACUUGCAGUAAUUUUGUAGCAGUGGCUAUAUAUGGUGAGUUAGGGAGUCUAGCCUACUAUAAGAGGGGAGACAAGAAAUGGUCUGUCCUCCAUGACAAGGCUCCUCCAUACAAAGAUGCCAUUUUUCAUGAUGGCCAAUUGUAUGCUUUAAAAGGUAAUGGACAACUCAUGGUUUGUGAUAUUGGAUCUUACCCAAAGCCAAUGGUAACAGAAGUUGCACCUGAGCCUUCAAGAACUCCUUUCGGUGAUUUGCAUUUGGUAGAGUCUUCCAGCGGGAUAAUGAUGGUUCAACAAUGUUUUAAAAGAGGAUACAUUUAUGAGCCUAGCGAGUUAUAUAUAAGGAAGACAACAUCUUUUAACAUUUUCAGGCUUGAUACCAAUUGUCGAAAUUGGUAUCAAGUUCAAAGUUUAGGUGAUGAUGUGUUGUUCUUGGGAUUGAAUUCAUCUAUAGCCAUUUCAUCUCAUGAUUACCCUGAUACAUACAAGGGAAAUUGUAUAUAUUUUACGGAUGUCAACUACAAUUUUGAUUUGGAGGGCACUGGAAGAGGUUUUGAUGAAGGUGUAUUCUGCUUGGAUGACAAUAAGAUUGAACCCCUGCCAGCUUAUGUAGGUGACUCGCAUAAGGUUUGGCCAGCACCAAUUUGGGUAACGCCCAAUCCCUAUUGA